AUGGCCGCUUCCAAGACGCCCCACAGGCCGAUUAACGCAUACCGAGUGCCAGCCAUGUUUCGUAACCUCUCAUACAAGCUGACUUCAGCGCUUUCUUCACCCCAGGUGCCCACGCUAAAAAAUAACGACGAGUUCACCACAGUCAAAAAAACGGAUGAGCUAUUUCCGACCACCGACCCUGCGGUAGAUGGCGACGAUUGCCUGCACGACUGCGCAAGUUGCAGCAUCAAGUACCCGCGCAAGUUUGAGAUCGACGAAACCGAGGAGUUGUAUGGGCAUGUGAAAGGAUGGAGUACACACAUGAUUGUCGCGACUGGCAAGACGGAUUGGGUGCGCGAUGUUGCAGAUGAGGAGGGGAGUAUAAUGGAAGCGGUUGGGAAAGGGGACACAAAACCGAGCAACGGGAAAUUAAUGUUGUCCGCCUCCGACAUACCUGUCCCAGACCAUUCCGACCACAGCUCAAUGGUUCUACUUCUCCCAUCAUGGCAGUUUAUAGAAAAUGUCACGCCUGCAAACAUACCAGAAGUCAUAACCAGCUUCGUCAAUCCCGGCCCAACCAACAACACCCCGUUGCGCAAGCAAACAGCGUCGGUGUCACCGCCUGAAAUGCCGUCGGAUAAGCCUUCUUCCGCCGAGUCGGUGACCGAACCCACCACAACCACGCAAUCAAUACCCGCGACUCUUCCGCUCAAGGCACGACCAUGCCCACACAAAUACUUGAUCUUGAUGUGCAGUCAGAAGACCAGAGAUGCACGGUGUGGUCAAUCAGCGCCCUUACUCCGGAAAGAGUUCGAGCGCUUACUGAGGCCUAUGGGGUUAUACCGCGAUCUGCACGACGAGCGACCGGGUGGUGUAGGAAUAUACUUCAUAAGCCAUGUCGGAGGUCAUAAAUUCUCGGCAAACGUCAUGAUCUAUCGACACUCGUCGGUCGCCUCUCAGCAGAAGGAGACCAAUGGCGUUGCUAACGGACAUGUCCAUGGAGCACAGAAGCGACUGGGGGACCUCAAGCUCGAAGAUGACAACGGCCAAGAGGUCCUAUUGGAUGCGAACAAAGAGCAGGAGGCAGAGGGCAACGGUGAGGCUGCACAGUGCAUAUGGCUCGCGCGAGUCAAGCCAGAGGACUGCGAAAACAUCAUCAAAUACACAGUACUACAAGGCAAGGUGGUCAAGCCAGAAAGACAGUUAAGGGGCGGAUUCGAUCGGUGUAAACAGCUGGCUAGCUGUCACGAGGGGAACUUCCGCGAAGACUUCCAUGCUAGGAUGAGCACUGAUGCAUGCGGAAACAUCUACGACCCCUCGUAUCAAGGUGCAGAAGAAUCUACCGGCGGAGAGUCUGCUGUCAGGGCUAGAUCUGAUCAAAGACGCUUGAAGGAAAUGGGUAGUUCUGUUUCUAGAGAAAAUAGGAGGGCAGGUGUGGUCAUAAUCGCAGACUUUCUGAACAAACUGUUCCAGAGGGAUGACGAUGACGAAUCGGGAGAAAAGAUCGAGCGUAGGAAUAAUAGACCCUAA